AUGACGGCGAUCGCGAUCUGGUGCGUGGCCGCCGUGAUGGGCACCGCCGGCGGUCUGGUGUUGGAUGGCACGUACGGCCAGUUCCGGAAGUGGAACGCGGGCGUCAACGGCACGCUUGAGAUGGAGUUCAAGACGCGGUCGCCAAACGGGCUGCUCAUGUACACAGACGACGGCGGCACUUACGACUUUUUCGAGCUGAAAAUGGUGGAGGGCACCAUGCGGCUGCGGUACAACCUGGGCGCCGGUGCCCAGAUACUGAUGGCCGGCCACGACCUGUACGACGGCCGGUGGCACCGGACGGCCGUCGAGCGCCGUGGUCGCGUCACCGCCCUGACCGUGGACAACGCGACCAGCGCGGCCGCGUCCGCCGGCAAGGAGCUGCAGUUUGGUCGGCUGGCGUCCAACUCGGCCGUGUACGUGGGCGGCAUGCCCGGUUGGUACAACGGCCGGCUCACCCGGCUCGCGCUGCCCAGCGUCAUAUUCGAGCCCCGGUUCAGCGGCGCCGUCCGCAACGUUGUCUACACAGACGACUUUUACCCGUAUCCGAGGCGGCAGACCGCCAUCACGGACCCAGCCCGACAGCCAAAGUGCACUGGUGCAAGAUGUCGUCGUACGCUGAAUAGAGACAAAAAGGCAAAGGUUAGUCAUUAUUCAAUAAAUUAUUCUCUUUUCUUAUAA